AUGACGUUACUCUCGAGGUUUAAACGUACUAAGAAGGCUAUUGAAGAGAACAAGGCCAAAAUCACCGCUGAGGAAGAGGAAAAAAAGAAAGCCGAAGAAGAAGCUGCUAAAGCUCCGUACAAACAUGUUCCAUCACAUGCUUCAGUCGAUGCACUUUUCGGCGCACCGCCAACUUGGAAACAUGAAGAUCGACCCAGAAUCUUAGAACAUAAUAGACGGAGAAGUCAGAGAACUGUCAGUCGUACUCAUAGUACUAUUUCGACUGUUUCAUCUAGACAUGCCACUCUCGAUGGAACACCUGCUACGACACGCGCCGCUAGUUAUGAUGGCUAUAAUCCCACAUGGAAUUCUCGUAUAGAACAAGUGUCAUUUUUUGAACAAGUCAAUCGAUCAAUUCCUCUUCCUCCAAUCAAAACUCAAGUUCCACAUGCUCCUGAUUCUGCUGUUGGUAUGAGUCCUGUAUCAAGUGUUGCUCAAAGUGGAGCUACAUCCCAAACUACCAGUCCUGUUAACAGUAAAGCGCCCUCCUCCGCAUCAUCUUCCAGCGAUUUAGGUUUGGAAAUCGGCGCCAGAGCACCACGCAGACCUCUUCCAAGCGAUGCUUUCAAACAUCAACCAGUAGUUUUCCAAAACUACGAUAUUUUACAGAGAUUACACACAAGCACCACGCGCAAAUUAGGAGAGGCUCCUCUUCUCAAAGCUCCGAUCGUUGAAGUACAAGUACCAAAACCCGUUGUGGUAGCACCACUUGCAAAAUCUCGUUGGAGUCGCAUGGGAAAGAAGAAUGGGGAACCUACUAGAGAAUGA